UGCCGCCGCCGCCGCUCCGGGCAUUCCCGCGCCGCGAGGAGCGGGCAUGGCGGACGGGGUUCGCUCGCUGCUGGGCGGCAGCCCGGCCUCCAGCCCGCUGCUGGGCGGGCGGGGCCGCGUCUCGUCGUCGUCCGCCAUCCCGCCGGGUCACAGCUUCCGCAGGGUGACCCUCACCAAGCCCACCUUCUGCCACUACUGCACCGACUUCAUCUGGGGGCUGGCCGGCUACCAGUGCGAGGUUUGCAAUUUUAUGUCCCAUGAGAAGUGCCUCAAGAAUGUCAACAUACCUUGUUCGUGUAUUGCUCCCAGCCUUGUAAGGGUUCCAGUUGCACACUGCUUUGGGCCUCCAGGACAUUACAAAAGAAAGUUCUGCACAGUGUGCAGGAAGUCACUGGAGUCACCUGCCUUUCGGUGCGAAGUCUGUGAGCUGCACGUCCACGCGGAUUGCAUCCUGUUUGCUUGCAGUGACUGCCGGCAGUGCCACCAGGAUGGGCACCAGGACCACGACACUUACCAUCACCACUGGAGGGAGGGAAACCUUCCUUCAGGAGCUCGCUGCGAAGUUUGCAAAAAAACCUGUGGCUCUUCUGAGGUGCUGUCUGGCAUGAGAUGUGAAUGGUGUGGCCUCCUGGCUCAUGCUGCUUGCUACAUAGUUGUCACACCGGAAUGUACUUUUGGAAGAUUAAGGAACAUGAUUCUUCCUCCAAGAUGCGUGAGGUUAUUUUCUCUCAACUUCAGCAAACUGCAUUGUUUUCGAAUAUCAGAAAACCUGCAAACAGAAUCAGAUGAAGGUGAUGACGUUGAUGGGUCAACGCAGGGACCAGCAAAAGAUGUCCAAAUUUCAACAGAUUCCAGUAAACAAACAUUAAGGAUAUUUGAUGGGAGUGAUGCUGUGAAACGCAAUCAAUUUCGACUGAUCUCAGUUCCAAGGAUUGCAAAAAAUGAAGAAGUUGUGGAAGCUGCUUUGAGGGCAUACUAUAUAAAUGAUGACCAGCAGGAGUAUGAGCUGCAGACCUUUACGCAGCAGGCACUGCUGUCUGAUGACGUUGUCAACAGGAACGAUGCUGCGGAGGACAGCAACUUAGGCUCAGUAUUCCGAGAAUCUGUUCCUGAAGCUUGGAUUAUUAGAGCCAAACCAAAGGAUGAGGACGUGAUCAGAAUUUAUCCUGCCUGGCUGUGGGGGGGAAUGGAAUACAUUUCUCUUCGAGUAAAUAAGCAUAGCACUACACAGACCGUGAUCAAAGAAGUGCUUCCAUUACUUGGAAGGCAGACGGAGUGCCUCCAGAAUUUCAAACUGGUGGAAGUGCUUAUGGGCAGUAAGCAAGUUCAGCGCAUGGUCUUGGACAAUCAGGAGCUGAUUCUAAACAGACUCGAAGACAUAAAAAAGAUAUCAAUACGUCAGAUGAAUCAAACAAGAUUCUACAUAGUGGAAAAUAGUAAAUCCACGGUACAAGUAAAUUUAUUUGUUGGUGGGCUUCCACCUCAGCUUUCUGCUGAUGAGUACGCAAAUAUUCUCAAGGAUGAAUUAGCUAUCAAAACAAAUGUAGUAUCUCUAAGUCAUGUUUAUCAAGCACAAGGCGCUGUUGUACUCGAAAUUUCAUGUUUUUCUGAAGCUGAAAGAAUAUAUAUGCUAGUUAAAGAUACAACUGUCAAUGACAAGCCUCUGAACGCUGUGGUGAUGCCAGAAGUUAUGGCUUCCAAGAUACCGCAGAACUGCUGGCCACUUCUUGUAUUUGUGAAUCCAAAAAGCGGUGGUCUGAAAGGUCGGGACCUGCUGUACUGUUUUAGAAAGCUGCUGAAUCCACAUCAGGUCUUUGAACUUACCAAUGGUGGUCCUUUGCCUGGGUUUCACAUGUUCUCCAAAGUCCCCUCUUUCCGAGUGCUGGUGUGCGGAGGUGAUGGCACCGUGGGGUGGGUUCUUGGCGCGCUGGAGGAGAUCAGGCACAAGCUGGUGUGCUCAGAGCCUCCUGUUGCCAUCCUGCCUCUAGGAACAGGUAAUGACUUAGGAAGAGUCUUGGGCUGGGGAGCUGGCUACAGUGGGGAGGACCCCUACUCCGUGUUGAUUUCUGUGGAUGAAGCGGACGACAUUCUGAUGGACCGCUGGACUAUUCUCUUGGAUGCUGAAGAGCCUGCUGAGGGUGCAGAGAAUGUCAUGGCAGAGCCUGAGCCUCCGAAGAUUGUACAGAUGAACAAUUACUGUGGUCUUGGCAUUGAUGCAGAAUUGAGCUUGGACUUUCAUCAUGCUAGAGAAGAAGAACCAGGGAAAUUUAAUAGCAGGUUUCACAACAAAGGAGUUUAUGUGAAAGUUGGGCUGCAGAAGAUAAGCCAUACCAGAAACCUUCAUAAGGACAUAAAGCUUCAGGUUGACCAGCGAGUGGUGGAGUUACCAAAUAUAGAAGGACUUAUUUUUAUUAACAUACCCAGCUGGGGGUCCGGAGCUGAUCUCUGGGGCACUGACAGUGCUGACCGCUUUGAGAAACCACGCAUUGAUGAUGGCCUGCUGGAAGUGGUUGGUGUGACUGGCGUGGUUCACAUGGGUCAAGUCCAAAGCGGUUUUCGCUCAGGCAUCCGCAUAGCCCAGGGCUCAUAUUUUCGUGUAACACUCCUAAAGCCAAUUCCAGUUCAAGUUGAUGGAGAGCCCUGGAUUCAAGCCCCAGGACAGAUUAUUAUCUCUGCUGCAGGACCAAAGGUUCAUAUGUUGAAAAAAUCCAAGCAGAAAAAAAAAACUGGAAGCCUGAGAGAGAUGAGAGUGGAUAGCAUGUCAGUGUGUGAAGGAGGACGGUAAAUGGAGACGUGUGCUCAGAAUCGGUGCAGCACAACUACUGUAGAUGCCAAGAUAGUUCAGUAAAACUGAGUGCAGAUAACUGGUGAUGAAGUGUUGUUUAUGAGUGUGCCUUUCAUUACACUUUGAUAGUACUGGGUUCCACUUUGUCUUUCAAAGAUAGUGCCUCGUUGUUACAAGUAACUGUUAUGUACCACUUGUGUCAUUUGAGAUGUUUGCUUUGGGUUGCUCUUCCAUAAACCAUUUCCCUGUUUUUUAUGUGUAUGGACACCGAGGCCAAACAAAGAUUCCGAGAUGCCAAGAUUUCUGCAUCUGCUUUCACAAAGACUCUUCCUCUCCUCUCUGCUUUUUCUUUUAGAAAAUCAUUCCAGUGAAAAACUUGAUGCCUCUUUCUGUAAAUGAAAAUGUGCUGUUUUAAAUUAAUGCUUACAGUAACCUCCAAACCAAAAAAAAGGCGAAGACAGGAGCUGCUGAGAGCUCCUUGGACCAGUCGGAAUAACACAGCUGAAACAGUGCUACCUGAGAAGAGAGAGAAUACAGAACACAGGAGAGAAGAUUUCUCUCAAAGCCUCAUGUACUUGGAAGAAAGGAGGUACUAGAACAGUUGAGCCCAGCUAUUUCAGAGACUUCAUUUCAACUGCAUUUGUACAGCGUGAAUGAAGGGCAAACAGCUCUUAGAGUACCCUAUCAAUUAAAGCUGAUAACAAAGCCUGUUUAAAAGGCAUUUGAAUUUCAGCUGCUACCACUCCAAAGUAAAAAAGGAACAAAAAUACCUGAGGCAGAAUUGCAGUAUACUGACUAUUUUCUAUCACUGAGAGCAUUAUCUUUAACAGCAGGCUUUUCCUCUUGUCUUUUCUUGUGUUAUCUCAUUUUCACUUGUUUGUUGGGCUGUUAUUUAAACGCAAGCUCCAAGACUUGUAACUCAGUAGUGUAAAACAAGUACCCUAUAGUGUUCUCUGAAGUGAAUUAGCACAGCAGUAGAGUAGAGCUGAAGUGAAAUACAGAGUCAGGAGUCAUAGGAGGUCUGACGCCUGCAGAGUGCAUGUAACAUACUGUAGGGUUCUGGAGACUGGGGAUAUGAUACCUGCCACGAAAACUCACUUACCUAGUCAGCUUUUCUGAGUACUUUGUGGGUGUUGUUAGCAGCUGUGGGCCCAGCAACUCAGUGAGUUUUAUCUUCCCACUGAGAUGAGCGUGUGCUCUUCUGAGUUCGGCCCUCUCUCAUCUCUGUGAGACUGACAUCUCUCUUUGCCCACCUGCCUGCUGCCGCUGCAGGGAUCCAGCGGCUCUGUCAAAGCUUCCUGCUACAGACUGGAACUACAGCAGAUGCGUUGGUCCUGUACUACACUACAUGUGUCUGCUGUCCGUGUCUACAGUCACAUUGGUCUUGCCACAUUUUGGUUCUACAGUGACUGAAGCCUUCCCUGCCCCCCGAGCAGUCAGCUGUGGUGCAGGGGGCUUGUGUGUUUUUGCCAUUGUUGUGUUUGUGUGCAUUUGCUCCCUGGAGUUCCUUCAGCUCUAGCAUAGGCCAGAGCCUGUUUAGCCAGCCAGCACAUUUCUCCUUGUUGCACAGUAAUAGCAAACUCAGCGAUGGAUGGCAUGAAUUUGUCACGUGAGCGACAGCUUUGAGAGGGUUCCUCUUCUCAGCGCGUCUACAAAAACAUCUCCAGUUACUUCAGGAAACUUCACUCUAACUGUGAAACGUGCAGAAGCCGUUGUUUUGCGUUGGAGACACUUGUGUGUGGAGUUAGCUCUUGGUUUUGUUGAGGCAGUCUGUACUCUGAGCACUCCGCCAGCUUCAACAGCAUCCGCUCGUUACCUGUGCUCUGCGCUUUGCAGUCGUGGUGCGGACCAGGCUGUGGAUGUGGGCGGUGCAACACGCUCAUCCCUACCAGCAGACAGAGCUGUAAGCAGACAAAACAGACGUGCAGAAAUGGCAGCUGCCUGCAGUGAUUCCCUGUCAGCAGGUGCUUAGUGCUGUCGUGGAGAUGCAUACAGAGGACUGACUCCUGUUCUCUCUGAAACUUGUUGUUUGUUGUUUAAAUUGUUAGUUUAAUUUUUAGGCAUGCUCUUACGUACUACCACGUAGACUGCAUCUUACCAUUAUUCAGCAUGCAGGCUGGAUUCCUGCUAUGAAGGAAACGCUGGGCACUGUGCAGGAGGAGACAGCGUGGAUCCUCAUCUCCUGAUCCCUAGACGUAGGAUUGUCUCAGAACCUGGACAGGAAGGAUCCACUGGAGCUCCUGUGGCUCCUGUGGUACCGGCGCUACAAGCAGCAGGAGCAUGUUGUACUUCAGGCUGUGACUUCUCAGGAUCAAGCUCAUAAGUUAGAGAAGAAAUCUUGAAUACGUUGCUGCUAGUAGUUGUCCAGAAAGCCAGAGAAACUGCUUGUUGCGCUUGGGGUAGCUGAGAGACUGCAGUCUUUCCAGUUGCUGACUCAAACAUGGAGAGGAAAGCUUCACUUUUUGUUGCAGAAGACACACAUAAGUUUUUAAGCUUGGUACUGACCAUCUUCUUCAGCCCAAGGAAAUAAACCCGCGUGGCUGUUUUUCUAGAUGCACAUCAUCCUGCAGCAUGUAACUGACAAUGUUUUGUGUUCCUGGCUUGUUAAGGGGCUGGCUGUCUCUCCCUGUUGCUUAGUAUCUGUUAUCUGAAAUAACACGAAACUCUUGGGUCAGAGUAUUUUAGUGGGAGGGCCCCAUGCUGUGACAUAUCCUUCCGUGGGGAUUUUCCAUCCCGGUAACAAGGCUGUCUCGGGCCAGCGUUGUGGUAGCAAGGUGACACAAACACAAACUUCCUCUCCUUGCAGCUGCCCAAGUGGAUCCUGCUGAUGCAUACAAGGGCUUUCAGUUUUCUUCUUUCCCUCUCUUCUCUCCUUUUUCCAUAAACUGAUUCCCAGAUGUUGUUUGAAGAGAUUAAGUAGGUGAGUGCCACACUGGAAUGAAAAUGUAUCUUAAGAAGAACACACUUGGCAUUUAAGGUCUCUCUGCAUCACAAAAUGAUUCUUAGCAUGUUUUGAAGACAAAACGGAUUCCUGGGCAGUUGAGAUAGGAAAGCUCUUGUAAAGUUUUUAAGAGAAGAAACUCUGUUGAGCAUCUCUAUUAAAGCUGUUCCAGUUUCAGGUACUGUAAAGGUCAGCAUAUCAAAGGGAUCAUACCAUUUUUUUCUUUUUUAAUCACACUGGGUAUCU